AGGGCGUGGGAGGUGAUGUGUAAAAGUGUUACGCGCAGGGGUAUACCUCCACGCUGCGCGCCUCACAGGAGGGAGUGUGCGCGUGCACGAGAAGUGUGUGUGUGUGUGGGGGGGUGGUGCUCCUCCGGGACCGCGCAGGCAUGGAGGCGCGUGCGUUGCAGCAGUGGAUCCACGCAAGACGUGUCCCGGCUGUUUUUGCACCAGAAGACGCAUUUGGCACGUUUUGCCACAAAAACACGCGAGCGGCAACGGCGAGAGGAGCACCCCGCACCCCCCCACCCACAUCUGCUGAGCACCAUGCAGCUCCCCUCCCGGCGGGGACUUUUCGCGGGAGACUUUCCGCGCCGACACCAAGAAAGAUGGUGUAACUUUAUGUAGGUCACGCCGCCUCCACGCCCACGCCACGAUAACAGCGAUCAUCAGUGGAAGAAAAAAAAAAAAAAAAAAAAAAAAAGACUGCUAAUAAUCGAUGCUCCGCUCCGGACCCACGGAGGGAGGCGGAGCGCGCCGGGCGCCGCGCCCGCUCGGCGGCCAGUGAGGGCGCGCCAUGCCGGACACGCUGCACGCGCUCCUCCUCCACGGCAACCGCACGACGCUGACCGCCGCGGAGGAGAGCGGCGGCCGGCCCGCGUGGGUCAUCGGCGUCCUGGCCAGCGUGCUGAUCUUCACCACGGUGGUGGACGUGCUGGGCAACCUGCUCGUCAUCAUCUCCGUCUUCCGCAACCGGAAGCUGAGGAACUCCGGUAACGUGUUUGUGGUGAGUCUGGCCUUCGCGGACCUCGUGGUGGCGUUCUACCCGUACCCUCUGGUCCUCUACGCGCUCUUCCACGACGGCUGGGCGCUAGGAAACACCCAAUGCAUGGUCAGCGGCUUCCUGAUGGGCCUGAGCGUCAUCGGCUCCAUCUUCAACAUCACGGGCAUCGCGGUGAACCGCUACUGCUACAUCUGCCACUCCUUCUCCUACAGCCGGCUGUACAGCUACCGCAACACGCUGAUGCUGGUGGCCCUGAUAUGGCUGCUGACCGUGGUGGCCAUCGUGCCCAACUUCUUCGUGGGCUCGCUGCGCUACGACCCGCGCGUCUACUCCUGCACCUUCGCCCAGAACGUCAGCAGCUCCUACACGGUGGCGGUGGUGGUGGUGCACUUCCUGGUGCCCAUCGCCGUGGUCACCUUCUGCUACCUGCGCAUCUGGAUACUGGUCAUUCAGGGUCAAACUGUGGCCCUUUGUGACCAAAGCGUAAGAAGAAGUGAACUCUCUUGCAGGUGCGACGCAAAGUCAAGACGGAGGAGAGUCCCCGCCUGCGACCCAGCGACAUGCGCAACUUCAUCACCAUGUUCGUGGUCUUCGUGCUCUUCGCCAUCUGCUGGGCGCCGCUCAACCUCAUCGGCCUGGCGGUGGCCAUUGACCCGUCGCGCGUGGGCCCGCUCAUCCCCGAGUGGCUCUUCGUGGUCAGCUACUUCAUGGCGUACUUCAACAGCUGCCUCAACGCCGUCAUCUACGGCCUGCUCAACCGCAACUUCCGCAACGAGUACAAGCGCAUCGUCACCUCCGUCUGGGUCACGCGCCUCUUUGUCACCGAGACGUCGCGGGCCGCCACCGAGGGCCGCAGCCUUCGCAGCAGGCAGACGCCGCCGCCGCUCAACAACAACGAGUCGGUGCGGGAGCGCACCAACAAGAACUGAAAAACAUCCCGGAUCUUUGUCUCCCUCAAGUGCUGGGCGCCGUUUCCACGGCGACGACGCCAAAAACAAUGUGAACGCUACAUCGGGAUCACGCGUGGCGUCCUUUUUCUCACGCCGACCAUCGACUUCCCGAGCCUCAAAUCGUCCGACUCGCCUCACCGGCGCGACACCUUAGUAACAAAAAGACGGGGGGGAUGAUGUCAUCGGGCGACGCCCUCUCGCCAGCAGGAAGUGACAUGAAAAACUACAGUUGGAGCUAAAAACAUGGCGGACAUUCCGUCUACAUGAGACGGACGCACCUCGGUUUUGGUCUACCGCUCCACAAGGUCCGACAAAAACUGAAUCAGAAAGAAAUCAUGGCAACCAAACACCCACAAAUAUGAAGAAAAAACAAAAAAUGUACUGUGUUUCUCACCAUCUUUAUCAAAGUGCUGGCACUCACCACUUUUUUUGGCCCCAUGGUGGAUUAUUCUGGAGGGGGAAAAAAGUACAGAUUCUAAGGCUGAUGUCCCGGACAUACCUCAGUUUUCGUAGUCAGUCCCAAAAGGUCUGACAAAGACCAAAUCGCCCAAAAACUGAAUCAAUUUCUCCCAAAAUGUAAAUCCAAUUAAUUGGUUCCAAACACCCACAAAUAUGAAAUAAAUUUAACAUAGUUUCUCACCUUCUUUAUCAAAAUGCUGGCACUCACAACUUUUUUUGGCCCCAUGUUGAAUUAUUUUGAAGGAAAAAAAAUCAGAUUUUGAGUCUGAUCAACCAGACUUGCUUUGGUUUUCAUAAUCCGUUCCAAAUGGCGCAAAAACUGAAUCAAUUUUUUCCUAAAUAAAUAAUGUAAUUACAGUUAAUUGGUUCAGAACAUCCAAAAAUAUGAAGAAAAUUUAAAAAAAAAUUCUCAUCUUCUUUAUCAAAGUGUUGGCACUCGCAACUUUUUUUGGCCCCAUGUUGAAAUAUUUUGAAGAAAAAAAAGUCAGAUUUUGAGUCUGAUAAACCAGACUUUCUUUGGUUUUCGUAAUCCGUUCGAAAAGGUCCGACAAAGACCAAAUCACGCAAAAACUGAAUCAAUUUCUCCCAAAAUAAAUAAUGUAAAACCAAUUAAUUGGUUCCAAACACCCACAAAUAUGAAAUAAAUUUAACAUCGUUUCUCACCUUCUUUAUCAAAAUGCUGGCACUCGCAACUUUUUUUGGCCCCAUGUUGAAAUAUUUUGAAGAAAAAAAAGUCAGAUUUUGAGUCUGAUGAACCAGACUUUCUUUGGUUUUCGUAAUCCGUUCCGAAUGGCGCAAACACUGAAUCCGUUUUUUCCUAAAUAUAAUUACAGUUAAUUGGUUCCGAACAUCCAAAAAUAUGAAGAAAAUUUAAAAAAAAAUUCUCAUCUUCUUUAUCAAAGUGUUGGCACUCGCAACUUUUUUUGGCCCCAUGGUGGAUUAUUUUGAAUUUAGAACAAAGUAUAGAUUCUUAAACUGAUGAUCCAGACGCACCUCAAAUGUCUUAGUCUGUUCCAAAAGGUCAGACAAAGACCAAAUCACGCGAAAACUGAAUCAGUUUUUUCCAAAAGAAAUCAUGAAAAUCCAGUUAAUUGGUUCCAAACACCCACAAAUAUGAAGAACAUUUAACAUUGUUUCUCACAUACUUUAUCAAAAUGCUGGCACUCGCAACUUUUUUUGGCCCCAUGUUGAAAUAUUUUGAAGGAAAAAAAAUCAGAUUUUGAGUCUGAUCAACCAGACUUUCUUUGGUUUUCAUAAUCCGUUCCAAAUGGCGCAAAAACUGAAUCAGUUUUUUCCAAAAUAAAUAAUGUAAUUCCAGUUAAUUGGUUCCAAACAUCCAAAAAUAUGAAGAAAGUUUAAAAAAAAUUCUCACCUUCUUUAUCAAAAUGCUGGCACUCGCAACUUUUUUUGGCCCCUUGUUGAAAUAUUUUGAAGAAAAAAAAGUCAGAUUUUGAGUCUGAUAAACCAGACUUUCUUUGGUUUUCGUAAUCCGUUCCAAAAGGUCAGACAAAGACCAAAUCACGCAAAAACUGAAUCAAUUUCUCCCAAAAUAAAUAAUGUAAAACCAAUUAAUUGGUUCCAAACAC